AUGGCGCCGGUGCCGGCGAGCGUCGCAAAGCAGGCGGAGUUGCUCCGGCUUGACGGGAACACCUUCUUCAAGAAGGAUCGCAUCGGGGCAGCCAUCGACGCUUACACGGAGGUAGUACUCGCGAGCCUGCGCCUCUAGGGGAAGGGAAGAAGAGGGGAAAAUAUUUCUUUGUCGUCGGCCCUUUUAAGAAGGAAAUUCGCUUACGGUUUUUAUCUUGAUCUAGUUUACCCGAUUGGAUGUGCUGUUAUGCAAGUCUAAUGGCAUAUCGGCCUCCUUUUUCUCUUUCUGUCCCUUGAUUCUGAUGCGCCUCCGAACCAAGCGGUCAAUAAUGCUUCUGUGUUCUACGAUUCGACAAAAUGUCAUUGCUCAUAUAUAUUCAGUUGUUACUUUCGAAAAAUUCCCGAGUCAUCGAUCUCUAUUUUGUUAGUAAACGUUUACGAUUACUUUUGAUAUUUGGUUCAUAGGCCAUUACUCUGUGCCCAGAUGUCGCGGUAUACUGGACCAAUAGGGCACUCUGUCACAGGAGGCGGAAGUACGUGCUAUUUUCUCUCUUUUGCUAUUUCGAAUUAUUGCUUCCUUGAUUUUUCAUACCGUCUCUUUUCUUGUCGCCUUAACUAGUGAUUGGACCAGAGUCGAAGAGGAUUGUAGGAAAGCUCUUGAACUUGAUAAUAGUUCGGUGAAGGUAAUAUCACCUCUUGUCAUUGCUUCUCUUGUUCUUGCUUCUUGUUUAACAUAUCGUCCUCACCUUCGUUGGUUGUCAUUUAUACAUUUGGUUGCUGCAUAUGUCUUCUCUUUAUGCUAACGGUUUACACGUAAAUGAUGCUAGCUUCUUUGGGUUAUAUCGAACAUAUUGUGAUUAGUUCUUUUCUUAUAGUUUUCCUCGUUGUUUUGUAUAUGGAUUCCUUUACUCAGACAGCAUUUAUCUUGAAUCUAGUGCUGGAAAUUUUCCCUACCCUGUGUGUCCUCUGGGGCUGGAGAGCUUGAUCUUGUUCAAGGACCUUUGCCUAUCAAACACUCCGACUGUUCAUGUGUACUCUGUAUCUUGGUGGUGUGAUUGGUCGCAAAAACAUUAAAUCCUUUACAUUUCCUAAAUUUUAAUCGGUACAUAAUUUGUUGAAGACGAGGAAUUUCGAUCAAAAAUUACUGAGUUAUAGGCCGGCUCUUAGGAUGGAUAGAAGGAAGUCAUCCUUAUAUAUGUCUUCGAUUUUCUGAUUAGAAACACUCAUUUGGGUUGACUUUUUCUGGAGUUUAAUAAAUCUUCAUGAUUAUGUUGAGUGAAAUCAGGUGAUGUAGUUCUAUGAAUUAUAGGGAUGCCUUCUUUUAGGUAUGAAAUCAUAGCUAUGACCGCUUUGAUUCUGCUUUACUGUAGCAUUAUUAAUCAAAAUGCAGAUGAAGAUUCCACUUGGAGGAUACCUGGAGGACGUAGUUGGGUGUGAUAUUGUGUAAGCAGUGUAAUAUCACAGUCAAUGUGUGGAAACAUUUCUGAUGAUGAUCAGCGAAAAUGAUUAACAGCUGAAGAAGAGGUGGCUUGUACCAUAAAUCUGGGUGACAUUUGGUACUGUAGGAGGGGUCAAUGGUUCGGAAGUUCGAAGCUUUACCCCAGAGAUUGGAGUGUAAACCUGUGAGUGAGUCAAACCCAGAAGGAUUAAACGAAAAACUCUUACGUACUGAGUUAACCAUCCGUUAAAGUAAGGAGCAUCUUGUUGGUGAAAAAAUGUUUAUUUGUCCAAGUCCCCUUUUUGAACUUACGCAGAAAUCCAACUUAACGAUCAAUACAAGAAUGGAGUAAAAUGGGUUCAGAGCAAAUAUCGUAUUUGUACUGUUCUAAGAAUUUUCCUUCACUAUAAUGUGUAGCGCCAUCUUCCUUGUGGACCACGAAUGAAGGGCUUGCGAAUGGUGGACUGAGGCAUCAAGAAAGAGAAAAGGAAUUACUUAAAUAUCAGGUUAAAAUUCUUGGGAAAAGUGUCUACAAUGAGAUCCAGGCCUAGCUGAUUUGAAAUCCUAAAGAAAUAGAUUUGGACCUCUUAAGGGAAGUUGACUUUUAAAGGAAGGGUUGACCAACUAAAAAACAUAAUUCCAGAUACAGUAGCAAAUUAAUCCUUGAAAUAAAAAGGAAACCUCGGAAAGAAAUAAGAUGGAUCAACAUUUCAAAGCUUCAAGUGACGCCCUUGAUUGCUCCAGGUGUUAGGUAAAAAAUGUGCAGCAAACUCCAUUUACAACUAUUCAGUUAUUUUAUUUUUCCCACAUUGUGCAGAAGAAUCCUAAACAUGAGUCUAAUGCUUCUAGCAACCAAUAUGCCAUUUGGGUCCAGAGAUGUCUCCUACUGCUGGCCUGCAUUUUCCAUAGUUAUUUCAUCAAAUUUGAUAUUCAUGCCAGUGGAAGAUUUCGAUGGUAAAUGCAAAGGGCCUUUUUCAAGAUGGAUGUACUAAUGAUUGAAAUUUCCUGAGAAUUCUAGCCUCAUCUCUCUUUUUAAAAUCCCAACCGUCACGAAAAGUGAUGUUAUUACUCUGCAUGCCAUGAUCUUUCAGUUGUCAGAUUAAUGUUUUUUUCUGCAGUAUGCCUAGAUGAUUUCUUCACUGCCUCUCAACUGUCCAGAUAGUAUAUGCGAGCCUUUAAGGGUAAUGAAUAUACCAACGGAAACAUCAUCUUUGUUCAUGGCAGGCCCACUACAUGUUAGGACUCUCAUUACUGGAAAGGAGAGACUAUACCAACGGAAUCAAGGAACUGGAGAAGGUUAGGACCUGUUUCUAGCUCAUUUCCUUUUUAGCAAUGCUGGAUGUCUAAGUUCAUACCUACUCAUAUCAACCUCUUAUACUCCAUUGCUCUAUGACUUUCCCUGACUGUACGUGUGCAAGAUUUCCCUCCUAAUGGUUGUAACAUUUUUUAUCAUUUCUUUCUUGAACUAAGUUACAAAUCAGUGGAUAGAAUUUCUCGGUUGGAGUUUUGGCUGGCAAUAGGAUAUCCGCAAUCAGUGGCAGUGUAUUCAAUGAAACCUGUGAGUAUUGUUCGUGGACAUCGAAUUAAGUUUCACAAAAGCCUUUUUAAUUAGUUAUUACCCGAGAAAAGGAUGCUGAUGAUUAAAAAAUUCAGAAACCUCCCCCUGUAUGAGGACAAAGAUUACUUUUCUUUCAAGGCCGAUAGUCUGUUUACCGGUCUGUAGAAUCAGUUUGGUAUCAUUUUCUGUAUUCCUAUGGUUAGUGGUCGUUAUAAUUUGUUUUUCGUUGACUCAAUUUAGUAUUCGUAAUCAACUUUUUGCUAACAAAAAACUGUUCAGAGUAUGAUUGAUCAUUGCAUCGGGGUAAUUGACUUCUUUUAGUGAUGAAAAGAAAAGAUCCUUGAGCUGGCAGUUGUACCGCUACAGCUUUGAUCAUAAUUCCUUAAAUAGUAUUGAUAGGAUUUUUUUAGAUAAGAUGUUGGGGGACACUUUUUUUUUCAAAUGCCAAGUUGAUAUUCAGCAGAUGUUGUCUGCAAAUUAGCAUAUGAAAACUACCGGGCUAAACUUACUGAUGACUUCUGUUUGGAGGUGGAUGACUAUUGAAGGUAAAAUUGAGGUCCAUAAGUGGUCACAAUUGUUGUCAAAACUCUAGAGAUUCACAGAUGAUUCUGUCUUUCCCUGGUAAAUUAGAAAGGAAUUGGUGAUUAUCAACCUGAUUUUUGUCAUCUUAAGUUGCUUCUUGAUUUUUUUAUGUUAGAAUUACAAACAAGAGGGAUCACAUCAUAAUGCUGACAUAGAGUUCACUGAAUCGUUAUUUAAUGACCCUCGUUCAGUCUCAGAAUCAUUCGCAGUUCACCAUUCAAAAGACCCAGUUGCCUUCUAAAGAGGAUCAGUGAAUGGAAGAUUAUAAGGCAGAAAGUAGAUACAUCUCGCAAAAAUGGCUGCAGCUCAAAGAAGUUGGAAUUGUUAUAGAAUGCCAAGGAUUCAGUUUAAGCUUUACCUUUGCAGGAACUGUGAAAUUUCUUUGAAGGGAAAGUGGGCAGGAGGCAAUGAGAUGAGAUACAGGGGAGACGACCGAAAGAACUCUCAUUUGUUGGGGAUUUUGGAUGUGCUAGUUCCUGUAAUCACGACUAUCUUAAGUAUGCAUACUGUUUCACCAACUGUAAAACUUAAAGUGCUGUCUAAAGUAUUUCCACCCAGUUGUACAAUUUUGAACUGAAUGACAUAUAUGUAUAUAGAUAUAUCGAAUUUUGCUACAUUAUGUAGUUCGAUGGCUGAUUUUUGACGUAUUUGGAAGUGUGGUUUAUUGACCUGGGCCAACCAGUGUCGUCUUGAGUUCAUUCAUGCCUACUUGUACACGCUAACUGAAAUUUUCGAUUCUUUGAUGGUUCUCGUGAUUAUUUGGUCGACAGAAAGAUGAAGGGUUUGAUUGACUCAGACCACUUCAGUCCGAACUUAAGACAGUCAAUGUGAUAGUCCAAAGGAUAGCUUCAGUCUAGUUGAUUCUCUAUGGCCUAAAUUUCUCACACUGUCAAUCUAGAUGAGGUUAACUUAACAAUAUUUGAGCUUUCAAAAUAGACUUGAUUAUGAACAAGAAGAAUUUAGGGACUGAGGAAUGAUACAAAGGUUAUAAGGAAGACGAUAUUUAAGUUAUCCAUGCAGAAGCGGCGUUUGUUGAAAGAAUAUGAUGCAGCGGUUCUACCUAACAGCACCGGUUGAAGAGAACAAGAAAGAGAUUGCUACAACAUAAACGCAAAGCCCGGCUCUACCAAGACGACGUUAUUUUGUUCUAUUGCCAUGAGUUAUAUAAGUGGGGACUGUAAAUGCAAAGCCAGGGCCACAGUGAGCGGCAGGGAGUACAAACUUUGCUUGAUUUGUGGGCAGGGCAUGGGGUUCUUCUCCCACGGGUUUCCCCCAAGUUUGAGGUCUUACGUGUAAAUCUUCUUGCGUUAGUUCUUGAUUUUAUUUUACUGUUUGUUAUUGAUUGCAAUUGUUCUUAUCCCGGUCAAGAGAUAAGGGUUCCGUCAAUUUUUAUUUCUGCCAGUUAUAGAAUCAAGAGGGGCUUUGCAGCAGAAUAACCGAGAAGAAAAGCUUAUGGAUCGUUCAGCCCGGUGAUACUUCAUGCAUGCAUUAUACGGGGGUGCUCACAGGGCAUAGGUGGAGGGGUUUUAGAGGCUUGGUACUGUUCGGAGGGUUCCCAUUUGACAUGGGAUCGUUAGCAGGAGGUAUACCUCAUAUCUCCUUGGAUCUCUUCUUUAAUCUCAGAAAGGAAUAGAAGAGGUGCAACAGCCAUUGAUCGUGAAAGCUAUUGGAAGGAUCGACAGAAAGAGUGGUGAAACUUGCCCCACAGGGAGCACUAAGAAAAUGAAGAAAAAAAAAGAAGCAAUUUUUUGAACGUGGUAGAAAUCAUCAAUGGAAUAAAAAAGGGUGCAGGGAAUAUGGUCAAAAGUCGUCUGGUCUAACAAGCUGGUAGAGUUUGACUUUAUUCUCGCCUGGUUUAGUUAUGGUUCAAUGUUGUCUCUACGUGCCCUUCAAAGAGCAUUACAUGUGGUGGCAGAUGUUCUCCGGUGAACAGUGAAGCUCUGAACUGGGGUCCAUUCCGGAUCCCACCUUUGCAUCAGGUCAACGGAAUCUCGAUCUUUUUUAAUGUCGUAUUCCCUUUUGGUUGGAGAUGGGAUAUCACCUUGGUCUGCUUUUUACCAAUUUAUUUUUGAAUAUGCAGCCUUUUUUCCCACAUUACCAUGCUCUAAUGGCAGCUGGAAAUUUCUUCCAUAGGCAUUGGAUCUUGGAAGGGGGGCAAACCCUGUGAGUUACAUGGUGGAGGAGAUUUGGCAGGUUCUUGCCAAGGCCAAGUACACGGAAUGGGAAAACCUAUCCAGUGAACGAAGUUGGAGACUUCAGAGCCUCAAGUAUGUUUGUGUGUAGAGUUUUCUUCCCCUUUUUUUUAAUAAAGAAAUUGCAUGUUUUUUGGGUAAUCGAGCUGAGCAACAAGGUGGCUGCUCAAACGCCUCAACCGGGUUCUCUGUCGCCUCACGUUUCUCUUGGAAAUUAUGUAUCAGGGAAGAAUGUGAGAAGGCUCUGACAGAACGUUAUUUGCUCGAUAUUGGAGUUAAUGGUGAGGGAAAAGAGGAGGCAGCUUCCCACUCAGAGCAGCUGCAAUACCUGGCAGAGGUGUUUGAGUGUGCUUCGUCUUCUGAUAAUCGAAGAGAGGUGAGACCAAGUUUUCUUCCCGGAAGCUUCUACCUUCCAGCCAAUGCUGAUCUCUGCAGCUGCUGGUAUUCCAGGUGCCCGACUACCUAUGCUGUAAGAUUACCCUGGACAUAUUUCGCGAUCCUGUUAUCACUCCUUGCGGUAUCACAUACGAGAGGGGGGUGCUUUUAGAUCAUCUCCAGAAGGUAUGGCGUCUUUGUCUCCCCACCACCACCACCUCUUUCUCUCUCUCUCUCUCUGUCUGUCUGAAUGGGUGUGAACGAACAGGUGGGGAGAUUUGAUCCCAUCACGAGGGUACACCUCGAGCCUCAGCAGCUGGUGCCAAAUCUGGCAAUUAAGGAAGCCGUUCAGUCGUUCCUCAAGGAGCACGGAUGGGCUUACAGAUUUGGUUGA